GUGCCUGUCACUGGCAGUCUGUCAGUCACCGUAACGGUUCACCCACCUACCACUUGGCUUUUGAGCCAGCACGGCUUGUUGUAGCUCACAACGUGAACAUUGUAUCAAUCUGGGACUCGCGCACUAAGCCCUCCGAAUACCUCGCAAUGGUCGAGUUUGCCAUGGAUCCGUCUGCUCCUCUGGCAGUCGGAGUGAACACAUUGCUUACAUCUGUCGCCACUGGUACGCUGGCGGGCGCAUAUGGAUUGCUUAAGGGUUCAAGUCAGGUUGGGCUAAUGAUCACAAUCGCUGGGCUGAACGGUGGCGUAGCUGGGGCUACAUUCUUCAGCUUUCGCGAGUACGUCGCCAGCCCGAUCCUCCUCACCGCCCUGUCCGAUACCCACUACUCGAGACGAAUACGGGAGCUUCGAGAGCAACGGAAAGAGGGUACCCAGCCAGGAGAGAAACUCAGUUGGUGGGAUAUGCGACUGAACAAGGUUCCCGACACGGCCGCGAGCGGAGCCUUCACGGGAGGUGUGUUGAAUGCCUGGAAACGGGGACGACCGGGUAUUGUACCGGGGAUGGUCACUGCAGGCCUCGUUUGCACGAUGGUUCAGCUACUCUAUAACGAGCUCGGCGUUGCGAGGAUCAAAUAUGUCUCGAGGAAACUGCAGGCGUCCCAGGCACCGACACCUGCGUCUGCGCCGCCUCAGCAUCCACCCGACCACGAUUUCGAGCCACCAAGAAGCGUGUCCGAGCGGAUCUUCUCCAUGCUGGGAUGGCAUAAAGUCUCUGACGAUGACUACCUGGCCAAGCUGAAGCUGAAGCGGGAGAUGUACCUGCGUAGGAUAGCUGAACUGGAGCAAGAAAAGCAGGAGGCUGAGCAACAAGAGGGGACGCGCGACAGGCCCUAGCCAUAGCAUAGCAUUUGAUAAC